AUGAUGUUUAUCUCAGCUCAAUAUCAGUCGGUGGAUAAGUUUGAUGGAAAGGAAGAAUACAAGAGAUUAAAGUUCAAAUUUCAUGCAGUCCUUGUAAAUAAGGAAGAUGAGGUCUGGUCCUUAGUGAAAAUUGUUAAAGAUUUGAGUGUAUCCCAUGAUAAAUUGUUUGAAGGGUUGUUACAGAACUUUCAUUAUCAUGUGGUUCGAGCUAACAAUGUUGUAUGUGAUUUCUCAGUGGUAGAUUUUCCUCUGAUGAAUCUUAAUGAUAUCAUCUGUGUUGCGAAUAUCUUGAGUAGUGUUGAUGUGUUGAAACUUCAAGUUAAUAGAAAAGAAGAUUUCUUGUUAAGUUUUGCUCAUAUCAAGCUGUUCAAAUACAAUUACUAUGAUAGUCAAGCUUUGACUGAUGUGGAGCUUGCUUUGGCAAUGGGUUAA